AUGGCGGUUUUCUUGGUCUUGAGGCGCUGCUUCGUUUGCUAUCUCAUCUUGCGUUGCUUUGGACGAGUCUUGGCACCCUUCCUUUUCGACUUGAACUAUCCGCUGCCGGUCGCAGAUGAUAUCUCGGUUGAAGAACAGCAAGUUGCAGCUCAUCAUGAGGUCUUAGCCGGGCCGUCGUCAUUUUUUCUAACCCCAAGCGUCACACAACAUUCCAAUAUAGGCUCAAAUCGACGAAAGUGCCGUGACGAAGAACCUUCAAACUCGAGUGCUUCUUCUUCUUUGACCCCCGUGGAAAACGUCGAGACUUUAGCCGACCCAAAACACAAGAAAGCACGUGUGGAUCUUAUUCGGCCUGAAAUUUCAUACCUCGAUGAUUUCCAUUACAUCUCAGGUGCUAAAUCUUCAGUUGCGGUUGUCAGAGAGUGGCAGUCAAUUUUUGAAGAGAGGCUCGGUUCAAAACAAUUCGAUUCCACUUCGGCGGGUCGCGCGAAGGCGGUGAUCCACCCAAAUCUACGGUUUGCCAUGAUGAGGUCUAAGAACAGGACGCCCCCCGGUCUAGUAGUGUUGAAAGUUCUGCUCAAAACAAGUGAUCACGUACAAUCGUAUGAGAAGUGGAGAAAACUUUUCAAGAUGUUGAUCACAUACGUCUACGAAUUGCAUCAGGUAGUUUUAAUAAAAUCCGGCAUGACAGCACCCGCCCACAGAUUGCAGCACCACAGACUAUUCGACUGGCUGGUAAAGGAGAUCUAUCAACCUGGUUAUGGCAAUCUCCCAGUGAUCGGUAUCAUUCAAGCGCCUUACCCGGAUUGGAAAGGUGAUCGGCCCCUUGAGGGAUUUGGAAGAACGCAGAUCGAACUGAUAGAUUAUUUUUCUGGAGAUGGAGAGCAUGAAGCGGCAGCAAAGAAGGCUGUCUACCUGGUGGCAACUUACCAAGAGCAAAACCCAGGUAAGUGCAUAAGUGUCGAUUCAGCCCACAGCAUUCACGAUGAUGCUUACCAUUAUAACGUCCCAUAA